AGGAGGUGAGGAGGAGGAGGAGGAGGUCGGGGGAAGCAGGAGAAUGGGCCUGGAGCGCAAACCGCACAAAUUGGAUUAAAGCAGUAUGCUGGACAAGAGCGAGGUGACAACUCUCAGCCUCCCUUCCACCGCCAGCCAUGGAGGCUCUGACAGCAACAUCAGUGCAGAGGGCGCGGCGGGGUCAGUGUCGGGCGGAGUGGCGGCCGGCGGCGGUGGCGAGGGCACCGCAGGCGGGGCGGGAUGCGGUGAGCCCCAGCGGACGCGGGCUGCUCUGGAGCAUCUGCAGCAGAAAAUCCUGAAGGUGACCGAGCAGAUCCGGGUGGAGCAGGAGGCCCGCGAUGACAACGUGGCCGAAUACUUGAAGCUGGCCCACAACGCCGACAAGCAGCAGGCCUCCAGGAUCAAGCAGGUGUUUGAGAAGAAGAACCAAAAGUCGGCGCAGACCAUCGCACACUUGCACAAAAAGCUCGAGCACUAUCACAAGAAGUUAAAGGAGAUCGAGCAGAAUGGACCGGCCCGGCAGCCCAAGGAUUCGGGCUCGGCGCCGGGCAGCAACUCGGGCGGGGCGGGUGGAGGAGGAGGCGGCAUGUUGGGGCCCACGAUGGGGAGUCCCAGGCUGGAUGGUCACCACCACCACCACCAUCACGUGCACAGCUCGUGGGACUCUCUCUUGGAAGGCUUGCAGGAGAUCAAAGCUAGCCAGGCGCACAUGGAGGACACCAUCGAGGACAUGAAGGGCCAACUGCAGAGCGACUACUCCUACAUGACACAGUGCCUGCAAGAAGAGCGAUACAGGUAUGAACGAUUAGAGGAGCAGCUGAGUGACCUGACGGAGCUUCAUCAGAACGAAAUGAGCAAUCUCAAACAAGAAUUAGCCAGCAUGGAGGAAAAAGUGGCCUAUCAGUCCUAUGAGAGGGCAAGAGACAUUCAGGAGGCGGUGGAGUCGUGCCUGACGCGCAUCACCAAGCUGGAAUUGCAGCAGCAACAGCAGCAGGUGGUCCAGCUGGAGGGCGUGGAGAACGCCAAUGCCCGCGCGCUGCUGGGGAAACUCAUCAACGUCAUCCUGGCGCUUAUGGCCGUGCUGUUGGUCUUCGUGUCCACGUUGGCCAACUUCAUCACGCCGCUGAUGAAGACGCGGGCGCGGGUGGGCGCUACCGUUCUGCUCACCGUGCUGCUUUUUGUUUUAUGGAAGCACUGGGACUUUGUGGAUCCUUGGCUUAUACCCAGCUAAGAUGCCCCAUUGGAGGAACCGGUGCAGAGUGUCCAUCUCUUAGUUUUUUGUUUUUUUGUUUAAAUCCCUUGUGCCCUCCUCACAUGUAACAUUCUGACACCCUUUGUUUGUUUUAAAAAAUAAGACAAACAUCUUCAGACUUGUUUCAAACUAUCAAACACGAGCCGCUGAGAAUAGGCUAACACCUUUUAUUUUAAAGUAAGGUGUAGAAAUGAAUAGAAGAAAGGCAUAUUAUUCAGUGGAAAACGGGUCUAGGUUUUGCUCCAAUUUGACAUAUUUUUGGCUUGCCUGCCAGUUCAGCUGCAAAAAUGUAAGUCAGUGUUAGAUAUUAUCUUGAAUGAAAUAUUGACACAUUUGAUGGAUGUUUGGACUUAAUGGCGGCCAUUCGGCAGCAGCCAGAAUGAUUUAAUAAGGAAGUCAAAUCAAACAUUUUCUUUAUAAUAUGUUCUGCGUCACCCCCCUUAAUCUAAACACGGCAGUCUGAUUAAUGUUUCAUUUGUGGCAUGUGAAUUAAGCAGCAAAAUCCACCCUUCUUUGAUCUCAGGGGCAGCCAUUUUGCCACCUGCUGUCGACUGAAAAUGACAUCACAGUUGCUCAGGGCUCAGGUAACGACCAUUCACGGCUCACCUGUUUUCUGAGUUUGGACAUGUGACACUCGCAAACCGCAUUCCCAGUCAUAUUGGUGAAAGAAACUGGAUUUAGAAAUUUAAAAAAAUACCAAAAAGAAUAUUUUCUGGCCACAAGCUGUAACACCGCCAAAAUGACCACCAAAUAGGAGCGAAACAAGACAAAAUGUACAAAAAUAACAGAGGAGGGCACAAAGGUUAAUUAAGGCCUGCACCAGAAUGUGAGCUGCUCUACUUUCCCUUGGAAUGACAAAACAAACUACACAUGAAAACGUGGACAAAAUAACAUCUGACCAAGCUUCUACAUCGACGACCUUUUUGGUGUGGAUGCCCGAUCAUCGAUUUACACUGCUGUCACCAAAAACAUUAUCUUUUUCUAACGAUUCUUUUAAGAUGUACGCACUAUGAAUUAGCAGGACAGGACUCAGGAGGCUGACCUUCACGUUGGACACUGAUUUGUGAGGAAAUGUUUUUGGGUUUUUUUUUUCUUUUCUCUCUCAUGAAUGUUUAUGUGCUCAUCAUGCAUGUCCUCGUGUGGACUGGCACCAGUUGACAUUUCAAUUGAUGACAAUAUGGAUUUCGCUCGAUGCCAGAUAUAUGCUCACUGGACACUUUCUUAGGUAGCCCUGCACAAUUGCAUGAGAUCCAAUAUCUAAUACAAGAUAUACUGCACACACACACACACACACACACACACACAAAAAAAAAAAAAUAUAUAUAUAUAUAUGUGUGUGUGUGUGUGUGUGUGUGUCUAUGAUUAGACAUUUAUUUUCACUUUACAUUACACUUUACAAGUUGAUACAUCCAUAGUGAGCUCUUUCUAACUAUUUGAGAGUGCAGGUUUACCUAAUAAAAUGUCAAUUUGUUAAAUCAAUGUCAUUCCUCGUUUGUUGCUGUUUGCAAGUAGGCUUUUUUGGACAAAUUUCUGGCUGUUUCCCCCUAGCUGCCAUUGAACAAAGCCUUUAGCUGUUAAAAUGUUUCAUCACCCUGUCAAAGAUUUCCCCUCCAUAGCUGAUAUAUUUCAUUAACACUGUUAUAGAUCUGCUUUCGUCCACGGUGUCAAAUGAGCUGGCAUGUCAAUUUGUGUCAAUGUUUCUAACCAGUUUGCAAAAAAAAAAAAAAAAAAAUCUACAAAUAAAUAUUUGUUUUAUUACGAAUUGUGACAAAUAUACUUCCUCUCCCACCUCCAUCCCGCCGCUCUUUCAAUAAAGUUAAGCGAAGCACACAUUGAGAGGAAAGGUUCAAUAAAAGUAGUAAUCCCGGGGGAUUACUUACAACUAA